AUGAGUCUUACCAUCUUGCGCAGCUACGCGUUGAAAGAAGACCCUUCGACGCUGCCCCCAACGGUCCUUUUCAGCCGCGACGACCAUCACCUCGUCGUGUUCGACGCGUUUCCCAAAGGGAUAUUCCACUUCCUCCUCUUACCGCGCGUCCAAGAACCGUUCUCAGCUGCAGACCUCUCGAACUUGCGCUCUCUGCUGAAGUGUGAUCGUGACUCCGUUAAAGCAACAUUGGAGCAAUGGAAAGAAGACGCGAAAGUCGUGGUCAAGGAUAUCGAGGAUGAGAUGGUCAGCCGUUACGGGUUCAAGUGGGACAUAUGGGUUGGAUUUCAUGCGGUCCCCUCCAUGGAGCAUGUACACCUCCACAUCGUCUCCUCAGAUUUGUGCAGCGAGAAGUUGAAGCAUAAGAAGCACUAUAACUCAUUCCAUCCGAAACUCGGAUUCUUCUUACACCUGGACGAAGUUCUGUCCUGGUUCGAGUCGGACUCUUACUUCACCACAAUGGCGAAACUUGACAAACACAAGUAUGAGGCCCUGCUAAAGGAAGACCUAGCGUGCUGGCGGUGUGGCUCAUCCCAGAAGAACAUGCCUACACUCAAAGCCCAUCUGCAGACGGAAUUUGACGACCUAGCCAAAAAGGAGAAAGCAAAACAGGAGAGGAAGCGCAAGUUUGAAGAGAAACAAAGCGCCAGUAAUGAUACCGAGGAAGAAGUGUCCAAGAAGCCAAAGACCACUGCUGGCUCUGAUCAUGAAGCCGAAGAGUAG